AUGACGGAGACUGAGAGCGCCCCAGCCGCCGCUCCUCCAGCGGAGACCGCUGCCAAGAAGAAGCCGGCUAAGAAGGCGGCAGCCGGAGGAGGAGCCAAGCAAGGCAGCAAGAAGGCGUCCGGUCCCGCUGUGUCCGAGCUCCUCCUCCAAGCCGUGUCCGCUUCCAAGGAGCGCAGCGGGGUGUCCCUGGCCGCCCUGAAGAAGAUCCUGUCUGCCGGAGGAUACGAUGUGGACAAGAAAAAGAGCCGCCUGAAGAUCGCCCUCAAGGCGCUGGUGACUAAGGGGAGCCUCGUCCAGGUCAAAGGCCAUGGGGCCUCCGGAUCGUUCAAGAUCAACAAGAAGCAGCCCGAGGGCCCGGCUGCAAAGUCCCCCAAAAAGAAGGUGACCAGAAAAACAACCACCGCAACCAAGAGCCCCAAGAAGGUCGCCAAGUCUCCCAAGAAGAAGGCGGCCAGCAAAUCAUCCACCGCAGCCAAGAGCCCCAAGAAGCCGGCCGCCAAGAGACCAGCAAAGGCUGCAGCCAAGAAGCCAAGCCGAAAAAAAGCCGCCAAGAGUCCCGCUAAGGCCAAGCCGGCAGCUAAGAAGGCGGCUAAGCCCAAGAAGGCCGCUCCGAAGAAGAAAUAA